GCCAAUCAGCGCUCGCUCUGAGGAGUUAGCGCACAGAGAGCAUACCGUCGGCUCCCAUGGUAGCAUAGGUAUUUCGAGCUGCCUUUAACCGCAACAAAGACACCGUGGCUUGCUUGUUAAAACAUCUGUAACAGCACUGGAAUAACGUUGCUGUCAACAGCGGAGGAAAAGAGAGGAGGCGUUUCUUCUAAUUUCGAAGAAAAACCCGCUGGGAAAAGUAGCAUUUGGUGGCAAGUAGAGUCGCCGCUCGAUGAUAUACAGAUUUCUUUCGUCUUGAGAGCCAAUGAAUCUUGGGCAGGAUGUGAAGUAGGGUGUCAACACCUGGAUGUCAACACCUGUUCUGCAGUGAAUGAUUGCAAGUCAAAGAAGGUGGCGUGAAGGGUAAGGAAGGAUGAAGAUGACUGCUUAGAUGAGAGAUGUGAGAACAUGUGGGAGACACUUAAACAGGAUAUGAGGAGGAUGAAUGGAAAGGACGUGCAGUGGAGGAUAUUACAGCACACACUGAUGUCUAUGUGAAGGCGAGGAACAACUCUCCAAACACAGGACAUACAUAAACAUCUAUUUUAUAGCUACAUCAGAUGGUGCUUUUACUGAAUGCUGAACUUGCAUUGAUUUCCUCCUGCUGGACGCUGGGGCAUUUGAUGACAGGCCCGAGAUAAGUUGUACCAACUGAUAGGGAGGCAGCUCCGCAGAAGUCUCCAUGGAUUUAUUGAUACGUAGGCCAGGGAACAGAAAACACGGAUAAGGACCAGAUGCAGCUCACAAUGAAGACAUCUGUGGCAUGAAACCAGAUCUGCCCCUCAUUUCCUGCUCCUUCAUUUCCUUCCAUCACCCUUCACUUAGUAACUCUAACUUCAGCAACUCCGCAUUGAUGAGGUAACGUCGAGCUUCCGCUCAGCAGCACCCACCUGCACAUAUACCACAUUGCCUUCCUCCCCUUCUCCUCCCACCAACCCUUUCAUCACAGCCAUGGGUCAGAAGAUUUCAGGCAGCAUUAAAUCGGUGGAUGGUCGUGGGGAAAGUGGCGGCUCCCCGUCGUACCGGCCCACGGCUCAUCGCCGCCAACACUUGGAGCUCAGGGGUCCAGAUUUCUCCAAGCCACCCAGGCUGGAUCUCCUGUUGGACAUGCCAUGCGCUGGACUGGAGACGCAGCUCCAUCAUGCGUGGAAUCCAGACGACCGCUCCCUCAACAUCUUCAUCAAAGAGGACGACAAGUUGACAUUUCACAGACACCCGGUUGCUCAAAGCACGGACUGCAUCAGAGGACGGGUUGGAUACACACGGGGUCUUCAUGUGUGGAAGAUCCACUGGCCUUCGCGGCAGCGAGGCACCCACGCUGUGGUGGGUGUGGCGACCUCGGAAGCUCCUCUACAUUCUGUUGGGUACACCGCUUUAGUGGGUUCGGACUGUGAGUCCUGGGGCUGGGAUCUGGGACGAAACAGACUCUACCAUGACAGUAAGAACCGGUCCCACAGUUCGCUGCCUUCGUACCCUUGUUUCCUAGAGCCAGACGAGUCAUUCACACUCCCGGACUCUCUACUAGUGAUUCUGGACAUGGAUGAAGGGACGCUUAGCUUUAUGGUGGAUGGACAGUAUCUAGGAGUUGCAUUUCGAGGCCUGAAAGGAAGGAAGCUGUAUCCCAUCGUGAGUGCCGUAUGGGGACAUUGUGAAAUAACCAUGAAGUAUAUCAACGGCUUGGAUCCUGAGCCGCUGCCGCUCAUGGACCUGUGUCGACGUGCGGCCCGCCUGGCGUUGGGUCGGGAACGGCUCAAGGAAAUUGAGAGCCUCCCUCUGCCCCAGUCCCUCAAAAAUUACCUCCAGUACCAGUGACCGACACCGGCAGAUCCAACUGGGACAACAAGGACACAGAGCAGGCCACCAGAGAUUCUGCAGAUGGACGAUGAAAAGGUGAACUUGAGGUCGCACAGAGGGGCUGAUUGAUUGAAGAACGUCCACACUGGAGCACCGCAGCUCUCAUGAAUCCGUACAAGGACGGAUAAGGACGAAGGCAGAUGAACUGGGGGGAGGAGAGGGAAUUCAGGCUUUCCAACAAUCGGACCACACCAGCUUCUUCUUUCUUUCGUUUUUUUAUUUUAGGCUGCUUCUUUUUGGUUUUAGACUUGAAAUAAAUUAUUGAUGGCAGCGUCACAUCAGUGUCUCUUUCAUCGAGACUGAAAGCCCAUCCUCUGAUGGCACAGCCGUGUUAGGUGGCGAAAGCAAACAUCGCCAUCUAGUGGUGAGAAUAAUAAUAAUUAAAAGAAAAAAAAAACUGAAAAAAGUAAGCACACUAAUCCCAUCCAUGGAGGCCUUUCUGACAUACACUCACUGACCAUAUCAUUGCAGCUGAUGUCUGUUCAUAAUCCACACUGGCACAGGUGGCCGGCGGCAGAAUCCAAAAUGUCCAUUAGGAGUUUUGGCACUGAUGUAUUUAUGUGACUGACCCCAGGCCUGCACAUCAGCUCACACUGCAGACAGAUUACAUCAGCACACAUCUGGGAGGUGUGUGUACAGAUCCGCACAGCACAUCCUUAUCUGAAGAGAACGAAGCCUUUUUCAGACAUUUAAUGCUGUUUAUCGCACUCUUCUUAAUCCUUCUUUUUAACAAAAAACAUUCUUAAUCGACUCCUCAGCAUGAGACAUUAAACUAUAAAAAUUGGCAACUCUUUAAUUAGUUUUUAGUUGAAUUUCUGAUUGAUAUACUAAAUAUUUUUAUAUUAAACAGAUAUGGUUAAUUUGCAGUAUUGUGAAAGUUUGCCUUAGAAAGAAUCUGAUGUAAGUUUGGCUUUUACGGGUUAAAACUAGAAUAAAACAUGUUCAUAGUUCCCCACAUAAGCAUUCUUCUUCUCUCUUUUUUUUAACUUAAUUCCAUCUUUAAAAUUAUAUAGAUCAUCGUCUUUAAGGGCAUGUAGGUUAUGCCGUCUUGCAGCAUUUACAAGCUGGUCUUUGCAGCCUAUUUACCUCAGUUUAAUUACCGUCCGUGCUUGUUGGUUAGAUAAAUGUGUUUGAAGUUGGUUAAAAAUUCAAAAUUGACUCUUUGUCCUAGUUUCUUUUUUCACAGAAACUCACAGAAACUUUGUCCUAGCAUAGAGCGUGUAGCGUCUCUAUGCUACACGCUGCGCUCUGUCCGUCAUGUGAAAAACAAUUUCAAAAAAUUGCUUUUUUUAAAUGCAUUCAUGCACAAAACAAACACAAAGGUUUUUUGUUUUGUUUUUUAGCAUCCUGUCGGUGCAUAAGUAAAUAAUCUCUGAGUUACUGAAUAAAAGUUUGGCAGAUUUCAAAUGAUUCCUUCUAUUUUAUAGAAGUAAUCAUGAUGUUUUUUUAAGCUAAAUCAAGUGAUUUACUAUCACCCUCAGGUCGCUUACCUGUUAUCCAGUGGCGUUUUCAUAACGGUUAAGGUUUAAAACUUCCGGAAAAAACAUAGUAAGAAAAAAAUUAUUGGUUCACUGAAUUUAAUUUACAACACCACACUACGCAGAGAAAUACUAUGAAAUAAGACAGAAGAUCCAAGUGUUGAGGUAAAUUUGACUUUACCUUCAGAAACAUGUCUGAAAGGGGCUUCAUUUCUCAAUCAGUUAGAAGAAAUCUGCCUUUUGUUUUGGUUAAGCUAGUCUUUCUUUUCUUUGAAAAUCGUUCCUCGCGUGACACUAAUCCUUUUACAGCAAUGUCAAAUCACAACCAAAGUUAUUUUGGUGGAAGCCAUCGGUCGUAGAGAUGCAGGCCGUGUAACCAGUGCCUGCAUGGCGCAAAGAGACGCCGGCUGUUGUUUGUAGCGCCCCCCGCUGUAGCUCAUUUGGUAGCAAGCAGCGUGUGUGUCAGCUCUCCACGCGACUGCUUUCACUUCUUAGGAGACCAGAGUUCGACUGGAUCUAUAAGAGAGGCUGUAGCAGGACCUAGGGACCCGGCUGUAGAGGCACAGCAGGUGUGCUGCUGGAUCCGCACACAAUAUAUAGACGACCAGUCCACAACCACAAGACCAAUCGAUUUCUACUUCCUUAAAAAUGGCUUGAGUCACUUUUUCAACUUUAUUUGUGUUGUUCAGUGUAAAACCUUUUCCAUCCGAUAAUGAAAGGAUGGACAGGGUUUAUUUAUCACAAGCUAGCUGUGUGUUUGUGACAUUCAGGUUGAUUUUGUUCAAACGAUGCUGACGAUGAAGGGAGACGGAAACUCAAACUUGUUACUUCAAUGCUGCUUUUAUUAUUAUUAUUAUUAUUAUUAUUAUUUGCAAUGGCUAUGGUCUUCUGUUUUUAUUGGUUGGAAGGAAGAGAAUGGGACCAUUUCAAGAGUUUAGCGGAAUCAAUUAGACAGAAGUAUGAAAUGUGAAUAAAAGCCAAGUGACAUUAAAA